GUCAAAGCUUUGUCUUUUCAAUCUUUAUUCCCAAGAAGUUUCAAACCCAAUUGUUCAAAUUGAUUUGAGCGAUUGCUAAACUGGACAAAUCGUGAAAAAAGGUGUCGAAGAAAAAACAGAGCCCAAUUUGGGCGGUGCCACCGCCAACAGAUCCCUUCCCUUGAAUAAACGAGCUUGUCAACCGGUCGGACCCAGCCCAACUUUGAUAUCUCUCUCACUCGCCUGAAUACCAAUCUCAAAAGGCUGAAAAGUUGUAGAGAGAGGAGAGAGAAAAGAAAAAACAGACACAUACAGCAAUAAUUCCCACUUUUCUUUUUCCCAACUAUCUUCUAUAUCUUUCUUUAUUGCCAGCUCUGCGCCCUCGUCCUUCCACCAUUCCACUUUCUUCUAUUUCCUAAUAAUUUCUCUUCCCUCCACUCUUCAUUUGUAGAGGGUGCGAGAGAUCUCCGGGCAGGCAGCUGUUUUGCUGUUUUCGGAUCAGCUGAAUCCAUUCCAUUGCGCUGCGUUUUUCGUUGAUCUUGUCUUUGAUCGUUAACCCCAUUGAGUUCUCGUGGCAUAUCCGACAUCAGAUACAAUAAUUUAAAAACUGUUAGUUUCUCUAGCAGCUAAGGAGACAGUAGCAGAGAAAUAUUUUCCAAUGUCUACCUCUGCCAAAGCCUUGGAUCCUGCAUUUCAGACAGUUGGACAGAGAGUUGGGACAGAAAUCUGGCGGAUUGAAAACUUUCAGCCUAUUCCGUUGCAGAAGUCCGACUAUGGGAAAUUUUACAUGGGGGAUAGUUACAUAAUAUUGCAGACAACACAAGGCAAAGGUGGUUCUUACCUCUAUGAUAUACACUUUUGGAUUGGAAGAGAUACUAGUCAGGAUGAAGCAGGAACUGCAGCUAUUAAAACUGUGGAGCUCGAUGCAUCACUUGGAGGACGAGCAGUGCAACACAGAGAAAUCCAAGGGCACGAAUCAGAAAAGUUUUUGUCAUACUUCAAACCUUGUAUCAUACCAUUGGAGGGAGGUGUUGCAUCUGGAUUUAAGAAACCCGAGGAAGAAAAAUUUGAAACACAGUUGUAUAUCUGUAGAGGAAAGCGAGUUGUCCGAAUGAAACAGGUUCCUUUCGCUCGUUCAUCGUUGAAUCACGAUGACGUGUUCAUCUUAGACACAGAGAGCAAGAUAUUUCAGUUCAAUGGUGCAAAUUCCAAUAUCCAGGAGAGGGCAAAAGCUUUGGAAGUGGUUCAAUUCUUGAAGGAUAGAAAUCAUGAGGGGAAGUGCGAUGUUGCUAUUGUUGAUGAUGGGAAGUUGGAUACUGAGUCCGACUCGGGCGAAUUUUGGGUCCUAUUUGGUGGCUUUGCACCCAUUGGAAAGAAAGUUGCUAGUGAAGACGAUAUCAUUCCAGAACCCGCUCUUGCUAAGCUUCACAGCAUCGAUGGUGGAGAAGUAAAAGUUGUCGAUGGCGAGCUAUCGAAAUCCUUACUGGAAAAUAACAAGUGCUAUCUGUUGGACUGUGGUGCUGAAGUAUUCGUUUGGGUUGGAAGAGUGACGCAAGUAGAAGAGCGAAAAGCAGCGAUUCAAGUAGCUGAGGAAUUUAUUGCCAGCCAGUGUAGGCCAAAGUCAACACGUGUGACACGGGUUAUCCAAGGUUAUGAAACGCACUCUUUUAAGUCCAACUUCGGGUCCUGGCCAGUUGGAUCGGUGACUACAGGUGCUGAGGAAGGAAGGGGAAAAGUAGCUGCUCUAUUGAAGCAACAAGGUCUUGGUCUGAAGGGAUUAACAAAAAGUGCACCUGUGAAUGAAGAAGUUCCACCAUUGCUGGAGGGAGGUGGAAAAAUGGAGGUAUGGCGAAUCAAUGGCAGUGCCAAAACUCCAUUGCUCGUGGAGGAUAUCGGUAAAUUUUAUAGCGGAGACUGCUACAUCAUUCUUUACACCUACCACUCUGGUGAGAGGAAAGAAGAUUAUUUCUUGUGUUCUUGGUUUGGAAAGGAUAGCAUUGAGGAAGAUCAGAAGAUGGCUAUGCGGUUAACUAAUACAAUGUCCAACUCGCUGAAAGGGAGACCUGUUCAGGGUCGCAUAUUCCAAGGCAAAGAACCACCUCAGUUCAUUGCUCUCUUUCAACCUAUGGUGGUUCUCAAGGGUGGCUUGAGCUCUGGCUACAAGAAAGUCAUAGCAGAUAAAGCUCUGACAGAUGAAACCUACACGGUCGAUUCUGUUGCUCUUAUUCGGAUAUCGCAAACAUCCGUUCACAACAAUAAAGCAGUGCAAGUUGAUGGUGUUGCGACCUCUUUGAACUCGACCGAGUGUUUUGUCCUGCAAUCUGGCUCUUCUGUUUUUUCAUGGCAUGGAAACCAAAGUACAUUCGAUCAGCAACAGUUAGCUGCAAAAGUUGCAGAGUUUCUAAAGCCAGGAGUUGCUUUGAAACAUGCCAAGGAAGGAACAGAGAGUUCAACCUUCUGGUUUGCACUUGGAGGGAAACAAAGUUACAACAGUAAAAAAGCAUCUCAGGAAAUCGUUAGGGACCCCCACUUGUACGCGAUUUCGACCAGUAGAGGAAAGUUCCAGGUAGAGGAAAUUUACAACUUCUCUCAGGAUGAUCUGUUGACGGAGGACAUCUUGAUACUUGAUACUCAAGCUGAAGUGUUUAUUUGGAUCGGUCAAUCUGUCGACCCCAAAGAAAAGCAAAAUGCUUGGGAAAUUGGUCAGAAAUAUGUGGAGAUGGCUGCAUCUCUAGAGGGAUUGCCUCCUAAUGUGCCGUUAUAUAAAGUCUCUGAAGGAAACGAGCCAUGCUUCUUCACGACAUACUUUUCGUGGGAUAAUACUAAGGCUCUUGUUCAAGGGAACUCGUUCCAAAAGAAGGUGACUUUACUCUUUGGCCUUGGACAUAUUGUGGAGGAAAAGUCCAACGGAAACCAAGGAGGACCGACGCAGAGAGCUUCGGCUUUAGCUGCUUUAUCGUCUGCAUUUAAACCAUCUGCAGAUAAAUCCACCCAUUUGCAGAGUUCUGACAAGUCCAAUGGAUCCAGCCCUGGAAGUGGUCCUAGACAAAGAGCUGAAGCUCUAGCUGCCUUGACCUCGGCUUUUAAGUCGUCGCCUGAAAAGACAACUUCUGCUUCGAGAGUAUCGGGCAGGGGGAAGGGCUCACAAAGGGCAGCAGCAGUAGCUGCUCUUUCUUCUGUUCUUACUGCUGAAAAGAAAAGCGCCAAUGAUUCAUCUAAUGGCAGUCCCCCUCCAGAGAGUAACAUCCCAGCUGAAGAAAAACAUGAUGAUGUCAUACAACAAAUAGAGAGUCCUGAAGAAGUCUUGGAACAUAAGGAACCAGGGGAAAUCACGCCUGCAUCGGGAAACAAUCCCGACGAUGCAGAUGUAAAUCAAGAAAGCCUGCAGGAGGAGAAUGGCAGUGACAAAAGUUUGUCUGUUUUCGGUUACGAUCGACUGAAGGCCAAAUCUGAUAAUCCAGUAACUGGAAUCGACCUCAAAAAGAGAGAGGCCUAUCUGUCUGAUGAAGAGUUCCAAACUAUAUUUGGAACAACAAAAGAGGCAUUCUACAAGUUGCCAAAAUGGAAGCAAGACAUGCACAAGAAGAAAGCCGAUUUGUUCUAGCGAAUGAAUCGAGGUCAUAUCUACGUUUCCCCAUCUAUUUUCCCGUAAAAGAAAUUAUGGUUGUACUCGUGUCUCUUGGUCGGGCCCGAAAAUCUGUUGGCAUUUUGAUAUAUGCCAUUGAUGAACAUAUCAAUAGUUAUUGCCAUUCAAUUGUGCUGCUGCCUGAAGAUUGAUUUUUUUUUCCUUUUUCAUUCUAUAUGUAUCUCUUUGGUCAUUGUUGCUGCUAUGUAAUGUUCAGAGGUUGUAGUUUACAAAACCAGGCAGCCAAUUCUUUCAUUUGGUCCUCCAGAAGUUUAUGUGAGUGUCGUCGCCCUACCAUCUUCGUUUUCAUUUGCUAGUAGGCUGAGGGUUGUAUAUUCAACGUAAACGAUUAUGUUGUAUGCGUUCUAUUUUUUACAAGGAAUGACAUAUUUUUGUUGUUUGAUAUGUAUA